AUGACCAAGGCUGUCGAUGAGCGGCAACCGACUUUGCUGGCUCGAGCAGAGAAGAUCGCAGGCGAGUUCGACCUCAGUCCAGACGAUGUGAGAAGCAUUACGAGACAUUUUGUCCGCCAAAUGAAGGAUGGACUCGCCCACGAACGCGUCUGGCAGCUACCGUCCUACGUUCGACGUGUACCCACGGGGAAGGAGAAAGGCAAAUUCCUGGCAGUUGAUCUCGGGGGUAGCAAUUGCAGGAUCUGUCUGGUCGAUCUACAUGGGGACUCAACCUUCACCGUAUCCCAGAGCAAAGACAGCGUACCGCCGGAGGUCACAGUGAACCCGAGCUAUCGACCUCUUUUCGAUUUUGUGGCGCACCGUAUUGCGGACUUCUUGAAGGGGAAUGAGAAUCCUCAAUGUGUCCAGGGAUUGAAAGACGCCGAGCAACACCAGACUUACAAUUUGGGCUUUACGUUCAGCUUCACUUGCGAGCAAACAUCCCUGGCAGGUGGACGGCUAAUUCACUGGGAUAAGGGGUGGGAUAUUCCCGAUGCCGUGGGUCGAGAUCCUUGUCGCAUGCUACAAGAGGCAAUCGACCAUCUGGGACUUCCGGUCAUCGUCUCGGUCCUCGCAAACGACAGCGUUGGCACGCUCUUGACCAGAUCCUACACCUCCGGCCCCACCGCUUCAACCCUAGCUGCGGUCAUACUUGGCACUGGGACCAAUGCCGCAUAUAUUGAGCGAUUAUCCAAUGUACGUAGGCUGGGUGCUGAACCCAUCUCGGACCAGAUCAUGAUUAUCAAUACAGAAUGGGGUUGUUUCGAUGACAAGAUGGACGUCUUGCCGCGAACCCCGUUCGACGACGAGCUAGACGAGGCAUCGACCGAUCCCGGCUCCCAGAUGCUCGAGAAAAGGGUCUCGGGUCUUUAUCUAGGAGAGCUGUUGCGGUUGACGAUCUUGCACCUGAUGCAAACGAAUGCUCUGGCGAUAACAUGCAACCCUACAUCUCGGAUCUUCGAACGACACAGCAUCGACAGUUCCUUUCUCUCGGAACUCGCGAAGGCAGGCUCGGACCGAGCUCAAACUACUAUCCAGCUCAUCAAGGCCACGCUAUCUGCAGAAGGUGUCACCGAGACUGAUGCACGAGGUAUUCAACUGUUGGCUUCGGCCAUUGCCCGACGAGCGGCACGGUUAGCGGGCGCAUCACUGGCCGCCAUCAUCAUCCAAAGUGGCCGACUCAAAAUGUCCACAAAAGGCACCGAACAUACGUACACAACUGAUGACGACGAACAGCGACCACAACUUACAUCUCGUUCCUCCAUGCGUAGUAUUCACCGCUUCAUCCACGAUGCGACCCUGCUCUGGCGCCGGCUCCUGCGUCUGGUAGGAAUGGGUUCGUUGAUUGGGAAGCCGCCAAUACCACCACUAUCAGAGACUAAGUCAUCUGUGGUUUUUCAGGAAGACAUCAUCGACAUUGGAGCCGAUGGUUCGCUCAUUGAAUUCUACCCCAUGUUCGAAGUGGAGAUGCGUCGAGCGAUGCGGGACGUACCGGAGAUCGGACCCACCGGGGAUCAAAGAAUCCGGAUCGGGAUGGCCAAAGAUGGGUCUGGGGUGGGUGCCGCCCUGAUCGCGCAGGCCGCGAGUGAGAUGCAAGGAGCUAUAGCAAUUUGA